CGCUCUAACCGCUAACCGAAGUUUGGGUUCAAGUUGGGAGGGAAUCACUCCGUAGAAGUUGAUUUGGAAUAGUUUUAGAGUCUGAUUGCUGAUUGUUCACUGCCAUGGAAAUGUACGAAGAGCGGCCGCCGGAGAUCUUCACAGGGGGAUACUUUGACCAGGCGAACAUCGUGAACCAAACCGAGGGCCUUCAAGACUUCAGGAGAAGACAAGAAGGUCAUCUGAUCAUCGCAGAUGACAGGCCCUUGCUGGUGAUGUCCUUCGGGCUGAAGUAUCAGGGCCCCAAUCCUUCAAAGUACAAAAUUGAAGGCAAGUACGACAUUCCCGUAGGAUUCAAGGUAAUCAUCAAGUGGGAGGACGACGAGAUAGUUUUCAUGACGAGACAGGCGACAUUUGGUCCAGAGUUUCAGAUUGUAUACCUUCCACAGAGUCCCACCCCGGAAGAUUUCACGGUGUUUGAAUGGAACGCCAACAUUGCGGAGAUUUGGGAUCAGUUCUUGACGGUCAUCGAGGGCAAGGAGGACAGAGACAUGCGCCUCUUCAAUCAAGGACCAUGGCGGACCUUUGGCGUCACCCGAGAUGAGGUCCAGAUGGCACUGAAGCAAGGAACAGACCAGAAGACCAUUGUGGAUGGAAUCCUGUAUUGUGCGGAUGGAAUAGAACCAGACUUGCAGGAGCACAUGCGCUAUUUGGGCGUGGAUCCAGCCACGGAUGAAAACAUCCUAUGGAUCUUCACAGCCUUCAAGGAAGAGCCUUUGCCUCCAUGGUUCUCCCAGUACGUCAAGGAUGGUAUGGUGUACUGGGUAGAUGAGCGAACCACCGAAGCCACAUGGAAGCACCCGCACUACGACAAGUUCCGGAAAAUGCUUCAGGUGGCCAGAAAUCAAAAGCCUGUGCCCCAUUGGAAGUCCAUUAUGGAGUUCAGGAUAGAAUUUCUCCUAUCAAACAUCUUUACCUGGGAAGCAGAGGCAUCAGGCGAGUUUCCUCUGGUGGAAACGGUGGACAAUGUCAUAGAAAUGGCCCGGAUUUUUGGCGUGGACAUCAAGAAUGAGCCCUACCUCGUUCAUGUCCUGAAGCGUGCGCUGAGACAUUAUGGAAACUGCGUCAAAGAGAAGAGAAAAGUGAAGGAUGUUGAAGACUUCCGGAAUUUGAUGCACAGAUACCGAGACCUCGUCAGUCAGUAUGAGCAAGCCAUGAGCAUAGAAGAGAAGCGAGUCGCAAAGAUGAAGAUUUGCGUCCAAUGUGAUGAGAGGGACGCAGUUCUCUUUUGCGAUCAGUGCAAGGACUUCUUUUGCCAAGGCUGUUUCGACAGGUUGCACAGCAGAGGGCGGCGACAAAACCACCGACGGACAUGGGUCGAGAUGGGAAUGUGUGCUGAAUGUGUGGAGAGCAUUGCGCUUUUCCAUUGCGUCCAAUGUGCCGACCUGUACUGCAGGGAUUGCUUCCAGGAGUGGCACGUGCGAGGAGGUCGAAGAAACCACAUCCCCAUCAUUCUGCGAUCCUUCAACUCACAGACGCAUCAGCUUCCAGAAGCAACUCCGGCCAUGGGAACCGGAGCCGCCCAAAUCUUGGCCAAGGCUCGAAGUCCAUGGGUGGAAUUCAUAGAUGAGAACAAUGUCAAGUUGUAUUACAACAUCCUCACCACGGAAUCCAGGAGAGACAAGCCUUUGGCUGUGAUGAAUGAACCCAUUGAGGACAACAAAGGCGGAGGGAUGAGUGCUGGCUGGUCCGGAACGUGGGGUGCCAACAUGUUUCCAGAUCCACUUGACAGCCGAACUCAGCCCACGGCCCCGCAGAUGGAGACGGCUUUCUAAAGGGACAGGGGACAUAAUGGAGAGGAAAAACGACCACAAAAACAGCUGUUUCUGCUUGAAUGGGUCAUAUUUUAUCACCAUGGAUGGG